CGCAUCAUUGACAUUGCCACCACCUCAGACGUUCAAUCGCAGGCAAUCCAUCGUCCUGCGUCCAGGCGACGAAGCCUCGCUCACCCUUCGAAUACAUCGCCGACGACGACACCCACGAUGCUGAGCACUCCAGCGAGCAAGGCCGCCCUGCGCGCCGGCGCGACGACCUCUCUCCCGAAGGUCGCAGCUCGCACCCUCUCGACCACCACUCCCGCUCAGGCCGUGGCACAGGAUGGCCAACAGAAGCGAGGAAUGGCUACAGUGCAGGAUGCACCGCCGGUGCACCGACACGGCGGCUUGAAGGAUCAAGACCGUAUCUUCACCAACUUGUACGGACACCACGGGGCAGAUCUAAAGAGCGCCAUGAAGUAUGGAGACUGGUACAAGACGAAGGAGAUCUUGCUCAAGGGUCACGACUGGAUCAUAUCAGAGAUUAAGGCUUCUGGCCUGCGCGGGCGAGGAGGUGCAGGCUUUCCAUCGGGCAUGAAGUGGAGCUUCAUGAACCCGAAGGGCUGGGACGAGGACACCAAGCCCCGAUAUCUCGUCGUCAACGCCGAUGAGGGAGAGCCGGGGACGUGCAAGGACCGUGAGAUCAUGCGAAAGGAUCCUCACAAACUCAUUGAGGGAUGUUUGGUCGCUGGCCGUGCCAUGAACUGCACAGCAGCGUACAUUUACAUCCGCGGCGAGUUCUACCACGAAGCUACCGUGUUGCAACGAGCUAUCCAGGAAGCUUACCAAGCUGGUUUCCUCGGCGAGAACGCAUGCGGAUCCGGCUUCAACUUUGACGUAUUUUUGCACCGUGGCAUGGGUGCUUAUGUCUGCGGCGAGGAAACGUCUUUGAUCGAAUCACUCGAGGGCAAGCCGGGAAAGCCACGUCUGAAGCCUCCGUUCCCAGCUGCUGUCGGUCUCUUCGGUUGUCCUUCCACUGUUGCCAACGUCGAAACUGUUGCCGUCGCACCCACGAUUUGCCGACGAGGUGCUAGCUGGUUCAACUCCUUCGGACGCGAGCGAAACUCAGGCACCAAGCUUUUCUGCAUCUCCGGCCACGUCAACAAUCCUUGCACUGUUGAGGAAGAAAUGUCCAUUCCACUUCGGGAGCUGAUCGAUAAGCACUGCGGCGGUGUACGUGGUGGCUGGGAUAACUUGAAGGCCGUCAUCCCUGGUGGUUCAUCGACACCGAUUCUGCCUCGCAAGAUCUGUGACGACCAGCUGAUGGACUUCGACGCACUCAAGGAUUCGCAGUCUGGUCUUGGUACCGCUGCAGUCAUUGUCAUGGACCAGAGCACAGACGUUGUUCGCGCCAUCUCGCGUCUUUCCAAGUUCUACCACCAUGAAUCGUGCGGUCAAUGCACACCUUGCCGUGAGGGCAGCAAAUGGACAGAGCAAAUCAUGCACCGCUUCGAAAAGGGCCAGGCACGAUCACGUGAGAUUGAUAUGAUGCAGGAGCUCACAAAGCAAGUUGAAGGCCACACCAUUUGUGCGCUGGGCGAGGCUUUCGCUUGGCCGAUCCAAGGUCUCAUCCGACAUUUCAGACCCGAGUUGGAGGCGCGGAUAGCAGAUCAUGCUAAGAAGAGUGGUGGCGAGGCCCUUGCUGGCGGCUGGCAGCAUGAUGCAGUGAAGAAGGGCAUGCUCAUUGCACCAGGCCAAUAGAGGAAUUAAGGCGGAAUUGAAGUUGAUCGAAAUUUGUCCUGUGUAUGAACCAGCGCCGAGGAGUUCUGUAUCUGCAUAUGUACAUAUUCCCUUGCGUUAUGUGGCGUGUUAGAAGCAGCAAGACAGAGUACUUUUGAAUGUUCACACU